CCGUGACCCGGACGUGUUUCCGGUUUGCCAGUGUUGACUUCCGGGAAGAUGGCGGAGACCGGGGCGGCGGACCGCUGUUGCCGAAGUGCAAGGAGAGCCUGGGUGUGACAUUACAGGACACAUGUCAGCCGUGUCUCCCGCGGACACUGGACCCUUGUGUAGUGGUGUUGGAGUCGGAGGUUUGGCGUUUGGACCACGGAGCGGUUACAGACACCCAGCUCCAGCUCCAGCUGCAGCCCCGGUGUGUGUUAGCAGCAUUAGCAUCCCGACAGGCCGUGUUAGUGGAGCUCCUGACGCGGACAGCACACCUCUCAGCCUGUCAGCUCUCCUCCUGACUUAUUCACAUCCUGCUCGUCUUUCUCUAAUCACUACACAAACUGUCCCUUCCUAACAGCUUUAUCAUGCGCUCUUUUAUUUAACCGGUUACUGUAAAUACUCAGCUAGCCAAGUUUCAGUUAGCCAGCACAUUGCUAGCACAUUCCUACUUGCUCGUAGAAAUGGUUGUUGUUCGCGGGUUGGAAAUGACAUGAGAGUAAUUUUACUUUUUUAAAACAUAUAUAUUUACACGCCUUUUAUUUCCGUUUUGUUGUCAACGAGUGAUUCUUUUACCCAUGUCUUCUUGUGUCCCGGAUGGCUUCAGGCUCCAUCUGCACCCUUGCACCGUGCUUUAAACUAAACAUGUAUACAGCGUUGAUAUUUAGUGUUGAAUCACCCCAUAUACCAUGCUGGCGCUGCCCUCUCGCUUUGGCCUCUUAACCUGCGGGAGAUUUUCCUUGCCUGCACAGCCUUCCCACCUUCUGGCUCCAGGUGCUCUUGCCAGCAUGUAUGCCACACGCCUGUACAGUGGUGGAGGGGGCAAGCCUGGUCGCCGCGUUGGCCUGAUGGGGGGAGGGCAAACCAUGCUGGAGAAUCACCACCACCCCCUCGCCCCUCAUCACCCCCACAUCCCACCUCCCCAGAGUUUCCCUCCUCCGCUCUACCAGGGCCGCGUGGAUGCCCAUCGAACCUACUACCAGCCCCAUCAGCACUACCACACACACCCCCAGGUCCCUCACCUCCCCCCUCCACACUACCAGCCCCACGCCCACAUGCACCACAGCAAAAAGAAGACCUGGAACUUCAUUCACGAGAAGAUGAGCUACGACACCUUCUUCACCAUGAAGCGACUGAUCGACCGCUCGCGCAGCGUGGACGAGGUGCUCCGCUGGGUCACGCAGAACCCGGGGAAGAUCUCGCACAACCACUACCCUAUCGCCUUACAGAAAAUCGGCCAGCUCCUGGCACUCCAGCAGGCUGGAGCGAUUGGAAGUGGAGGAGGGAGCCUGGGGAGCAGUGGGGUGACUGCAGAGGGAGCGCUGUCCUCACCCCCUGCUGUAGGCUCGGGUGAUGGCGCAACUCGAAAGAUUCUGGACAACCCAGAUUUCCAGACCCUCUGUGAGGCUAUUGUUAAUGACUGCUCCAAGUUUGACAACUUCAGCAUCGUCAACUGCCUUUAUGCCGUGGCUGCACUUGGGCUGCCCAGUGACUCUCGGAUAGUGCAGGUGCUGGAGGAGGAGUCGCAGGGCCGCCUGUCGCAGUUUAACCAGAAGGACAUCUCUAUGGUGUUCAGCAGCUGCAUGAAGCUGCACCCCUCCAGCCAGCACCCGCUCAUCGAGUCGUGUCUGGCAGGCUUGGAGAAGAACAUUGAGCGUGAGCGUCACCCACAGACGCUGUUCCUGCUGCUCUCUUACUACCGCACCAAGUGGCGUGCGCUGCAGGCGGCCGACACUGCCUCAGCGGAACAGCUCGUGGUCGACCGCAAGAUCCUGCGCCUGGUCAAACACACGCUGGCCAGCGUCAGCUGCGUACGUGACCACGAGAUGACCUUACUGGACGAGAUGCUAGCGGCGUGCGCCCGUGAGGCCAGCAACAAGAGCCUUGAGCUCAUCUUCAGCUCUCACCUCUUCUACCAGAACAGGCAGGAGAAGUUCGUGAGCAGCCUAGCUGAGGAGCUGCCUAAAAAGGUCGACAGUAUCACCCCUUACACUAUGGCUCUUAUUGCCAAGUAUAUCGCACGCCAUCGUCUCAGAGAAACACAGCUACUGGACACCAUUGCAGAAUUCCUGGUCAAGAAGGGCGAGUACUUGGACAGCAAGGUGAUCCAGAAGCUCGUGUUCCCUUUCAGCCGCAUGAGUUAUCGGCCAGCCAAUGAGGCUCAGUUCUUCUCUAAGCUGGAAAUGGUGCUGGAGCUGAAGGCUCUGAGUUCACCGCUGGCUACCGUCAACAUCCUCAUGUCCCUCUUCCAGCUGGGACACUUUCCCAGCCUGGUGCUGCACCGGGUCUUCUCACCCUCCUUUAUCAGCAACGUCACCAACAGUCCGUAUGCUCUGAUUGUACGCCGCUAUUUGUCCCUGCUGGAUGCUGCGGUGGAACUCGAGCACCGAGAGUACACAGGGCCUCGUCUGCAGGACUCACACAAAGUCCUCAUGUUUGACCACGCACUCACUGCUGACGAGGUCAACCGCAAGUACAGUUAUAAAGGUCUUGUUGCUGAGGCCCUCAGGCAGUUGGUUGGAGAGCAUGGUUACAAGCAAGAUGAAGUUCUACCUCCAGGAUAUUACACAGAUUUUUUGCUGUGGAUAGACCAUGCGGGCCGUGUUCUUCCCAUCAGAGCAGGCUCAGCAGCAGUCUCAUUAACAGCGGACUCUUCUAUGUGCACAGUUGUGAACCCCAAAUCACCAGAUGGUUCCACGUCUGUUGCUGCUCUCACCUCUGAUUUCCAGAAGUUCUCUCCCUUCUCACCGCCUCUAGAGGAGGGUGUCGACAAACAGCCCGAAAAUGAUUCCACCUUCCUGCCGCCCCACAUCCAGAGAGCAGGCACCAAUGGAGCCGUGCCACUGGACUACAACACCUAUUACCCAGCUUCGGAUUACUACACCAGCCUGGCCAAGGAACACUCUCUGGAGAGCCAGGACAGCUCAACAUUGAGCAGUUCAUCAGAGUGUCUGGCUCAAGCUGGGUCCGCUGUCCCCGGGGCCACUGCGCCACAGGACUCCCUCUUCCAGUUCUCUAUUGGAAAGAUACUGGAGGAUGAGAGUGGUGCAUCCAUCCAAGUGGGGGCCAAUUCAGGACCAGACUGCAGUAUCACGCCUUUCUAUGAUGGUGUGACCUACGAGGCAGGAGAUAGCAAUGCAGUGACUGCUGCUCCACUCCAGCUGCACACAGCAAAACCCUCUGAGAUGGAGAGGACACCCGGGGAGCACAUUAAAAGGGUGAUAAUGUCGGUAAACGAUAAAUGGCACUACUGCCACAACUCGGAUGUGCUUGUGGGUUCCCGGGCCAUGAGAGACCGCCACCUGCAGCUGCUAGGCUACGUUAUACUACAGUUGCCCUAUCUGGAGUUGGAGAAGCUGAAUGGAAUUGAGGAAGUGAAGCAGUACCUGCACAAAAAGCUCCUGGAGGUUCCUUUAUGACGGUGGAAAAGCAGAGGCGUAUGCAGCCAUCAAACGAGAGUCUGCUCAUUUCACCAGAUCUGACUGACCGUGUGUGAACCGUUAUGAACCAAGCAGGACAGUGUGUCGUGUGAAUCUGUGCAUUAUGGACACAAUGACCAGACGUACAGUAACUGAAAGGAAUCAGGCAGGAUCAUGAUGAAUGUAUAAAGGAGAUGGAUUAUAUCAAUAUAUUUUAUUUUCUCAGAACAAAUGAUCUAUUUUGUCAUUUAAAGGAAUGCAAAGCAACGCACUCAGUGUACUGCUGGAUUCAUAAGCUGAUGAAAGAAGUAGUGAUAUGUCCCCUUGUGUUGUUGAACUCGUUAGCAUCACUGUGUCCCAUAUUCCAAAUCUGUAUCUGAAAGAGAAGCAUGUCAGCUUUUGAGACAUUUUUCCCAGUUGAUGCCUCAGUGAUGAGAACCUGGAUGAAUAGAGCUGAUCAUUUGCCUCCAGUAUCACAAAUAAAUCAGUAGGAUCAUGUUGAGCUGUAAACACAUAAUGAGGGGUAUGACGUUUGUUUCUGUUUGGACAUUGUUAUGGUUUAGUGCAUAUUUUUGAAAAAGAAAAAAAAAAGUUUAGAUGGCAGUAAUACAGAAGCCUUGUUUUGUGUAAUCUAAUUCUCAUCGUGACACUGUCGCUGUGUGCGUUGGCUUUGCUUUGUUUUUUUGGAAGAGAAAUUAUUUAUUAUGGCAAGUGUUCCUCUGAAUGUAAGAAGACUAAGUGAGUGGAUGUCUGUGUGUUGGGUAAUAGGUGGGGAAACUGGAAAUCUUUGUUUAUAUAUACAUAUUAAAAUGUCUAUAUAAAAUGAUUAUUAAAAAAAAGUUAAAAAGCAGGGAACAAACAUGUCUGAUUUUGGUUUGUGUUUUGAUCUCAGUGCUAUUAUAAUCUUCUCAAAGUGUGAUCUGUGAUUUUUUUUUUUUAUUUUGUUACAGUUAUGGAAAAAUUAUAACCCACCAUUAUCAAAAUUAUUGCAUUUAUUAUUAAGUUCCUAUAGGUAUUACAUUAGCCUGUUUGACUGGUUACUUGAAUGGGUUUCAUUCAAACCUCAGUAACACUAAAACAAGUGGCUCUUUUGUACAAGUGUACUAUUGACAAAAUUUUUUGUGCGCCUCUCUUUAUUAUUUUCCAAAACGAAUGACAGAUGCAAUGCGAAAUUUAAAUGAAAAGAAAACUCAACCAAAGAACAACACUCCCCCCCAUAUACGAUCCAUAUAAGUUAGUAGCCAUAUAAGGUCAAUUACACCCAAAAAAAUUUUAAAAAUGGCAGUAAUUAUAAAAAUAAAGUAGAAAAAUAAAUAUGAAAGUUCAGCACGGGUAGAGUAAAUGUUAAUGAAA